GGCACAAAAGGCAAGAGAGAGAGAGAGAAAAGAGGGCAGGAAAAGGAUAGAGGACAGAAAAACUGGCAAUGUACCCCAGGAGUGCCAGUUCCUAAGUUCUCCCUCCCACACAAAAAUUUCUUCUGAAUCAUAGAUCCCUUGUCAGGCACAGGGACACCUCUUUAUAUCUGGAUGAGGGGUCCCCAAAUGAUUCCUUCAUCCCCUUAUUGUAUAACUGGGCCCUGGUGAAGACUGUUCCUAUACUCACAGCUUUGAUGCUCUAGGGACAGCACUCCUCUGUAGAGGAGGGGAAACCUAGUGAAAUGCCAUAGAACAGGUGCCAAACUGGUUGAAGGAAGUAGCCCACAGUGGAUUAUUAACUUACCGAUAUUUCAUUGGUUCUUGACUAUCAGGCCAGAUUUAACACUUAUUACGCCACUAAUUUGUUCCUCCCCUAAUUAAAGACUGUCAUAUCAACUUCCCUGAGCUGCCCCUCUGCUCUUUUUGGCACAGAGAUGGCGAAGCCUGGGCUGAAGGAAUUGCUGCUCUUGGUGGUCCUCUUGCAUUUGGUCCGUGCAAAGUACUACACCCCUGUCCACGAAGCUGGCAGGUGUGCCUUCUAUGAUGAUUGUGGGAAAAACCCUGAAUUAUCCGGCGGUCUCCUCCCCCUGCCCAACGUGUCUUGCUUAUCCAACACCCCGGCCCGCAAACUCACUGGGGACCACCUGCAGCUCUUGAAGAGCAUCUGCCCCCGGCUGUAUGAAGGCCCUGACUCCACUUUUGCCUGCUGCUCCCCCAAACAGCUGAUUGCUCUGCAGAACAGCCUGAAAGUGCCCAAGGUGCUGCUUUCCCGCUGCCCGGCUUGUGUUGAGAACUUUGCCAGCUUGCACUGCCAAAACACCUGCAGCUCCAACCAGAGUCUUUUCAUCAAUGUGACUCGCAUUGUUCCCAUCGAAGGGACUAACCUCUCCAAGGUGGUAGCCUAUCAGGCUUUCUACAAACAGAGUUUUGCAGAGCGGACCUACAAUUCCUGCAGCAAGGUGCAAGUCCCUGCCACGGGUAGCCUGGCCAUCGGCACUAUGUGCGGGGUGUAUGGCUCCGACCUCUGUAAUGCCCAGCGUUGGCUCAAUUUCCAGGGCGACACAGGAAAUGGAGUCGCUCCCCUGGAAAUCGCCUUUCAUCUCCUGCAGCCUGGCCAGCUCCCCGGGAGUGGGAUAGAAGCCCUGGAUGCAGAAAUGUGGAACUGCAAUGAGACUCGGGGCAACGAUUCCAAUGCUUGCUCUUGCCAGGACUGUGCUUUGGCCUGUCCUGCCAUCGCCCACCCUCCCAUGCAGGACUCCACCUUCCGCCUGGGGAGGAUGCACAGCGGGUUGGCCCUGGCGAUCAUCCUCUGCUGCGCCUUUGUUUCUUUCUUCACUUUCCUUACGGUUCAUUCCUGCCUCAGAAGAAAGGAGCGGAAGCCCAAGAAGGCCACAGGUUGCUCCAACCAAUUCAGUCACUUUUCCCACAUCGUCCUGGGCAACCUCUUCCAAAGCUGGGGCACGUGGGUGGCUUCGUGGCCGAAGCUGGUUCUGUUUCUCUCCACAGUACUGGUGGUAGGACUGGCCAGUGGCCUGGUCUUCCUGAAGCUGACCACAGAUCCCGUAGAGCUGUGGUCAAAUCCCAACAGCCAGGCCAGGAGGGAGAAGGAAUUCCACGACCGCUAUUUUGGGCCUUUCUUCCGCACCAACCAGGUGAUCUUGACAGCUCCUAGCCAGCCUGGCUAUACCUAUGAUUCCCUGCUUCUGGGACCCAAGAACUUCAGUGGCAUUUUGAGGGAGGAGCUGCUCCUUCAACUGCUGGAGUUGCAAGAGGAGCUGAGGCAUCUGGAGGUCUGGUCUGAGGAAGAGCAACGCAACAUCUCCCUCAGGGACAUCUGCUACGCCCCUCUCCAGCCCCACAACCCCAGGCUGGAGGACUGCUGCAUCAACAGCUUCCUGCAGUACUUCCAAAGCAAUCGCACCAACUUCCUCCUGACUGCCAAUCAGACCCUGAUGGGGAAGACGGCCGAGAUCAACUGGAGGGACCACUUUCUCUACUGUGUCAAUUCCCCCCUCACAUUCAAGGAUGGCACAUCCUUGGCUCUGAGCUGCAUGGCCGAUUAUGGGGCUCCUGUCUUUCCCUUCCUUGCUGUGGGAGGGUACUCAGGACAGGAUUUUUCUGAUGCUGAAGCUCUCAUCCUGACUUUUUCCUUGAACAACUACCCGGCUGGGGAUCCCCGCCUGGCCCAAACUCGGCUGUGGGAGAGCCACUUUCUGAAGGUGAUGAAAGACUUCAAGAUCCGUACAGCCGGCACCUUUGAAGUCACUUUCAUGGCAGAGCGUUCUCUGGAAGACGAGAUAAACCGUACCACAGCCGAGGACCUGCCCAUCUUUGCCAUCAGCUAUGCCAUUGUCUUCCUGUACAUUACUCUGGCCUUGGGGAGAUACACUAGCUGCUCCCGUGUACUGGUGGAUUCCAAGGUGACUCUGGGCUUAGGCGGAGUACUGGUGGUGCUGGGAUCUGUGCUCGCCUCAAUGGGCUUCUUCUCCUACGUGGGUAUCCCCUCUUCUAUGGUGAUCAUCCAGGUCGUUCCCUUCCUCGUGCUUGCUGUCGGAGCUGACAACAUCUUUAUCUUUGUUCUCGAGUAUCAGAGGUUGCCACGUCUCCCAGGGGAACAACGGGAGAUGCAUAUUGGACGAGUCUUGGGCAGUGUAGCUCCCAGCAUGCUCCUUUGCAGUCUGUCUGAGGCCAUCUGUUUUUUCUUAGGUGCCCUGACCCAGAUGCCAGCUGUGCGCACUUUUGCUUUGACAGCUGGCUUGGCCAUUAUCCUUGAUUUCUUGCUGCAGAUGUCAGCUUUUGUUGCCUUGCUUUCUCUGGACAGCAAGAGGCAAGAGGCAUCCCACAUGGAUAUCUGCUGCUGUGUGGGCACCAAUGAAGUGCCUCCCUCUGGUGAUGGUGAGGGUCUCCUACUUCGCUUCUUCCGCAAGUUUUAUGCCCCCUUCCUGCUGCAUGGAUUCACCCGUGUCAUUGUGCUUGUACUAUUCAUGGCCCUGUUUGGUGUGAGCCUUUAUUUCAUGUGCCAGAUCAAUGUGGGGUUGGACCAGGAGCUCGCACUGCCUGAGGAUUCAUACCUUCUGAAUUAUUUCCUGUUCCUGAACCGGUACUUGGAAAUUGGAGUACCUGUUUACUUUGUGACCACUUCUGGCUAUAACUUUUCGAGCACGGACGGCACGAAUGCUAUCUGUUCCAGUUCUGGCUGCAAUCCUUUCUCCCUCACUCAGAAGAUCCAAUAUGCCACCAAGUUCCCCAAAGAGUCCUAUCUGGCUAUCCCAGCUUCCUCGUGGGUGGAUGACUUCAUUGACUGGCUAUCACCCUUGUCUGAUUGCUGCCGUCUUUAUAAUAAUAAUGGAACCUUUUGUCCUUCUACUACUACUACAGCUUUCUUUACCUGCUUAAGGAAGUGCAUAAGCAAGACCAGGCCCACAGAGGCUCAGUUCCACAAGUACCUGCCUUGGUUUUUGGAGGACAGAGCCAAUAUCAACUGCCCCAAAGGGGGCCUGGGAGCUUAUGACAGUUCUGUGAACAUUAGUGCAGAUGGCAAGAUCCUAGCUACACGGUUUAUGGCUUACCAUACACCCCUCAAGAAUUCUCAAGAUUAUACAGAAGCCCUUCGGGCCGCCCGGGAAUUGGCAGUCAAUAUCACAGCUGACCUGCGGACUGUUCCAGGGACUGAUCCUAAUUUUGAGGUCUUCCCCUACACAAUCACCUAUGUAUUCUAUGAACAGUAUCUAACCAUCGUUCCAGAGGGACUAUUCAUUCUGAGUCUCUGUAUCAUACCUACAUUUGUUGUCUGCUGCCUCCUGCUUGGGAUGGACCUCCGCUCCGGCUUCCUCAAUCUGUUCUCCAUCAUCAUGAUCCUUGUGGAUACUGUAGGCUUCAUGACCUUGUGGGGCAUCAGCUACAAUGCUGUGGCCCUCAUCAAUUUGGUUACGGCUGUGGGUAUCUCAGUGGAGUUUGUUUCCCACAUCACCCGCUCCUUUGCUGUCAGUACCAAGCCCACUCGGCUGGAGAGGGCCAAAGAGGCCACGGUCAUUAUGGGCAGUGCGGUCUUUGCUGGAGUGGCCAUGACCAAUCUUCCCGGCAUCAUCAUUCUGGCCUUUGCUAAGGCCCAAUUGAUCCAGAUCUUUUUCUUUCGCCUCAACCUCCUCAUCACCAUCUUCGGCAUGCUGCAUGGUCUCAUCUUUCUGCCUGUGAUCCUCAGCUAUUUUGGGCCAGAUGUCAAACCAAUCCUGGUCCUGGCACAGCAGCAAACAGAAGAGAAUACCAUGGCAAACAAGGAGAACAAGUCAGAAGCUGCCACGGCAGCUUCUUGCUCAAAGUCUCCUCCUUCAUUCUCUUCUAACUUGAACUCCUAUAUUAACUCUAAUUUUAAGAAUGAUGUGACCGAAUUUCCUAGUGGUACCAAAGAACUUGAGCCGACAACACCUCUUUGAUGGCGAUGAGAGCUCUCCUGUCUGUGACUCAAUCAUUCAGAAUAGAAAAAUCUUAUUGAGUUAUAGAAGCACAGAAUCUCAGUUGUAAAGACUUCAGGGUGCCGCAAGUCUAAGCAGUACUUAGCAGGAAUUCAGCCUACCGCCUCAACAAGUGGUCAUCCAAUCUAUGCUUGAUGAAUACCAACAAGAGAGAACUUGCUACCUCAGAAAGCAUACCUUUGCACUUUUCCAUCACACUAAUUCUUGGGAAGUUUUACUUACUCCUUGCCAAUAGUUGCUUUGCUGCAUCUUUCACUCACUUCUCCUAGUUUUUCAAUUUUGCACCAACCAGAACACAAUUUUAAUCCCACUUCCUCACCAUGGCCCUUCAAAUACUGGGAGACAGCUAUUAUAUCACAUCACAAUGGUUUCCUCAGUCCCUUCUACUGAUCUCACAUGGAAUGGUCCCCAGGCCCCUUACACCUUUACUUAAUCUUCUCAAGACACACCAAGGCUUGUCAAUGUCCUUCCUAAAAAGGUGAUGCUCAGAACUGGACAUAACAGCCCAGAUAAAUUGUGGACUGAAUACUGUUUAACCACCUUCCUUUCUUCAGCAUUCCUAAGGCAGCCAAUAUCAACUUUUUGUUUUUGUUUUCUUGCUGUCACAGGAUUGACUCACAUUGAGCUUGUAGUCCACCAAAAUCUCCUGAACUUUUUCGGAGGAACUAUUACCUAAGAAUGUCUCCCCCUAUCCUGUAUUCUCAUAGUUGGUUUUUUUGAACCUACAUGUAGAGUAUUUUCGAAGGCACAGUCUCAGUCCGAUUCUAGGAAAAGUUCCAGGUCCCUUGAGAGGACGUGUCUUUAGCCGCAUCUUCCUAAGAGGCUGGUAAUGGGUCAAACUUCUCUGUGUUUAACUUAUCCUAUGGUCAUGGGGUUAUAGUUGGGAAAGUUCUCCUGCCCACAUUUUCAAAUGUUCUUAUUGGGUAUCUUUUGCAGUGUAGUACAUACACCCUGUCAUUUGGAUCAUAAGAUUAAGCAUGGAUAUUAUCGAGUCCAACCCCUUCUUUUUGCAGGUCAGGAAACUGUGGUUCAGAGAAGUUAGGGACUUUCCCAAGGUCACAUUGCUGGUAAGAAAGCUUAGAUUCAAACCCAAGUCCUGUGAUGGCAGAUGCAGUGCUCUUUCCAGCAUAGUGACAUUCUAUCUCUGGAAUUGUAUCCUUUUUAAUACUCCUUCAAUUAUUCUCAUUCUAUCAGGGAGAAAGGCUCUGAUAAGCAUAAGUACCCUAACCAGGAAGGCAGAGCUUCUAGAGAGAAGGCAGGAUUGAAGCAGAAGUGAUCAGAAGAUCUAUUCAUUCCCAUAGUAACAUCCAGGAUCAUAGAAUAGGAAGUAUGUUUACAGGAUACAGAGCGAAUAUUGCAAAGAAUUAAUUGUUUAAUGAAUCCUCAACCUGGACAUUAGAUUUUAACUUGGUUACCAAGUCAAAGAAACAUAAAACUGAAGCAUCUCAUGUGUUGAAAGGGAGUUUAGAGGUUAGAGAGUCAAACCUAUAUCAGAAAGAGGAAUGUUCUCUGCUAUAUACCCAAUAAGUUGUCAACCUAUUUCUCUUUGCCUGAAAAAUUCAGUGAGGGGGGAGGUAAGCUCCCCCUUUUCCAGGCAGCUCAUUGGGAUACUUUGGGAUACUCUAAUUAUUACAUCAAGACUAAUUUUCUUCUUUAUAACUUCUACAUUUGCUCCUGGUUGUUCUGACUGGGGCCAAACAGAAUAAGCUCUCAUUCCUCUCCCAUGUGACAGCCCAGCUUAUACUUGUCAUUUUCCCUUUCCACCCCUCUGAUACUUCUCCCUUCCAUCCUGUUUGGAUCUAGGAUUAGAGCUGUGCCUAAUAGGUCUUCAGUUCAUCUUAAUAUGGCAGGUGCUGAUGGCCUCAUUCAUCUGGUAGCCCUCUUCUAGACACUUUUUAGUGUAUUUAUAUCUCUAAAAUUGUGGUCCCCUCCAGAACUUUUCCUUGAGGGCAAAAACUGUUUCAUGUUUAUAUCUCUAGAAUUCAGGGUAAUAUCCUGCACAAAGUAGACACUCACUAAAAGUUUGCCAAAUUCAGCUAUAUUUUACAUUUAAGAAAAAUUUGUUAGAAAAUGAAAAUUAUGUAAAUAGAAAUGCAUCACUAUACUGUGUGUACCAUCAAUGCUUAAUGAAUGUCUGAAAUGCAGAAUGGUCUUCAUUGUAUUCCAAUAGAAUGUAAGCUCCGUAAGGGGAAGGACUGCUUGUUUUUAGCUUUGUAUCUCUCCUGUCUAGCACCAUAUCUAGCACAUGGUAGAUCCCAGGUUUGCUGAAUUUUCUUUUAUAUCAGUCAGGUAAAAUGAUCCUGCUAAAUAAAUUUAAAGGCAAAUUGAAAGCUUGA